GACUACAACAAGAGCCUCCUGUCAAAACAAAGAAGGAAGCCAAGGCUGCAGCAGAAUCGAUCUUCAGUGGAGAAUCCUUUAAAACUCUUUUUUGUUUGAGCACUUGCUGACUGCAAGCUCUUACUAAAUACUAAAUUUUACUAAAUUUUGCACAAGCCUACAGUAGAUCUCACCAUGAGAUACUGUACUUUAGUUGUGUGUUUAUUUUUGGGGAUAAGCGUGCAAGAUGGAUGGAGCCUUCCCCUGAAGUCUGUCUUUGUCACCUUUCCAGGAGACACUUUCAAAAACAUGACUGAUUCGGAGCUGGCAGAAAAUUACCUAAAGAAAUUUGGCUACAUGGAGACUGUGCAGCGCAGUGGCUUCCAGUCUAUGGUGUCCACCUCUAAGGCUUUGGUGAGGCUUCAGAGGCAGUUGGGGCUGGAGGAGACUGGACAGCUGGAUAAGCCAACCCUGAAUGCCAUGAAACAGCCUCGCUGUGGGGUUCCUGAUGUUGCCAACUAUAAAACCUUUGAUGGAGACCUCAAGUGGGACCACAACGAUGUCACUUACAGGAUCCUGAACUAUUCUCCAGACAUGGAUAGCGCUAUCAUUGACGAUGCAUUUGCCAGAGCCUUUAAAGUGUGGAGUGAUGUGACACCUCUGACUUUUACCCGCCUCUAUGACGGCACAGCUGACAUCAUGAUAUCAUUUGGAAAACAGGACCAUGGAGACCCAUACCCAUUUGAUGGUAAGGAUGGUCUCCUAGCCCAUGCCUACCCCCCUGGUGAGGGUAUGCAGGGAGACGCCCACUUUGACGAUGAUGAGUACUGGACCCUCGGUCAAGGACCAGUUGUGAAGACUCGCUUCGGAAAUGCGGAUGGUGCCAUGUGCCACUUCCCCUUUACUUUUGAAGGCAAAUCUUACUCCUCCUGCACCACAGAGGGCCGCAGAGACAACCUGCCAUGGUGUGCCACCACAGCUGACUACGACAGCGACCAGAAAUUUGGUUUCUGCCCAAGUGAACUUCUAUACACAUACGGAGGAAACUCAGAAGGCUCUCCAUGCGUCUUCCCUUUCAUCUUUCUGGGGGAAGAGUAUGAAGGCUGUACCACAGAGGGCCGCAGUGAUGGUUACCGCUGGUGUGCCACAACAAGCAACUUUGACGAUGACAAGAAAUAUGGAUUCUGUCCCAGUCGUGACAUAGCUGUAAUUGGUGGAAAUUCUGAGGGAGAGCCCUGCCACUUCCCCUUUGUAUUCCUGGGUAAUGAGUAUAACUCAUGCACAAGCGAGGGACGAGGAGAUGGCAAGCUGUGGUGCAGCACCACUGACAACUAUGAUGAUGACAAGAAAUGGGGCUUCUGUCCUGACCAUGGUUAUAGUCUUUUCUUGGUGGCUGCCCACGAGUUUGGACAUGCUCUUGGUCUGGAUCACUCCAACAUUAGAGAAGCUCUCAUGUUCCCCAUGUACAGCUAUGUUGAAGGCUUCCCCUUGCAUAGAGAUGACAUUGAAGGCAUUCAGUAUCUCUAUGGAAGUAAAACAGGCCCUGAUCCUACCCCACCUCAGCCCAACCCCCCUACCAUUAAGCCCACCGAGCCCACCAAACCCACCACCACUACCACCGCAGCACCUGUGGAUCCAACCAAAGAUCCCUGCAAGUUGGACAAAUUCGACACCAUUACUGUGCUGGAGGGAGAACUGCAUUUCUUCAAGGAUGGACACUACUGGAAGAUGUCCGGCAGGAGCAAUGCAGGACUCAAAGGGCCCUUUUCUAUUUCUAACAAGUGGCCAGCUCUGCCAGCUGUCAUUGACUCUGCCUUUGAGGACAGUCUGACCAAGAAACUGUACUUCUUCUCAGGGAACCGAUUCUGGGUGUACACAGGGCAGAAUGUUCUGGGUCCCCGCAGCGUUGAGAAGCUUGGCCUGCCCAACACCAUUCAGAAGGUGGAGGGAUCACUGCAGAGGGGGAAAGGCAAAGUGCUGCUCUUCAGUGGGGAGAACUUCUGGAGGCUUGAUGUGAAGGCCCAAACAAUCGACAAGGGCUACCCCAAGUUUACUGAUGUCGUCUUUGGUGGUGUCCCUAAUGAUGCUCAUGAUAUAUUCCAGUACCAAGGUAACAUCUACUUCUGCCGGGAAAGCUUCUACUGGCGGAUGAAUUCACGCAGGCAGGUGGAUCGUGUUGGCUAUGUCAAAUAUGACCUGCUCAAGUGCUCAUCAGGCACUCGCUACUGAUUACACAGUGACUGAGCUGGGAAUUGUAAUUUUGCAGCACCCAUUUGUCCCAGCUGUUGCUUGAGAGAAUGUGACUGUUUGUGUGUAGCACUGUUUGAUGUGUAUUCUGGGAUGUGAAUUAUUGACUUUCAAUCAUACUGGUUAUAAAAUAUGUAGCGCUGGCCUAAAAAUGUGCCAGAUACCCAGUACGCCAAAGCAAAAUUGCAAUGUUUGGCACUGCCCUGCCCUCAGUCUGAUUUUCUGUGAAUUGAUGGUUAUGGUGGCCUAAAAUCUGAGACCUAUAACCACAAUUUAAUUAUUUUUAACAGUGCUCCAGGUUGAACUCCAGAGCUGCAAAACAAUUACCAUGUCUGACAGGUUCAGACUUUUAACAGUAUUGGAUUAUUUUGGUAUUUAUAGCAAUAUCUAACAUUAUUUUUUCUCAAACCUAUUUGUUUUGUAUAAUUAUUGUGUUUUUCUGAAAAUGGCUUCAGAGCCAAUUACUUGCACUGGAAGACAAGGUAUGUCUCCUAAACAUAAACUAUUUAUGAGACUUAAUAAUAUUUGCAGGGAUGCAACAAACAUAUUCUUGAUAUGAUCAAAAUUUGAAGAUGGCUAACAGCCAAUGUGUCUUUGUUUGUUUUGCUUUCAUUCAUCACUUUAUCUUUGAAUAGUUAGCCAGCACAAAAUUGAUGUGAUACAACAAAUAGAUAUCAUACACUAGUAUCAGUGAUUGCCAUCUUGUUUGUGAUGAGCGUGUGGAAGCCAACAAGGCAAAUAUCAGUCGAUACUAAUAUUUUGAUGUAUCCCUAAAUUUUUCUAUCAAAGUCUUGCCCAUCAAUGCAAUAAACUUUCUGUGAAAACAAA